ACGAUUGUUCUAGUUUCUGAACGUUAUCACAAACAAGUCUGGUCACUUCGUUUCGCAUCGAAGCACUCGUAGCUUUACAACAUUAGUGCAAAACGAAACGUUGCUAGAAUAUGACGGGUCUCAUGUUCUGCGAAGCGAUGUUAUGACGUGCAGCAACUGUCUUUGUUUCAACAACAUUCAUAUAGUUUUCGAGAAGAUUGUUAGUGAAAAUGUUGUGAUAGAUCGUUUUUAGUAUGAUGUGAUACGCCGUGGUAUUGCGACAUGAAUUUUCCCAAAGCAUGACCGUGCCAAUAGGAGUUAUUAGCAUAGUUAGGAUUUCGUAUUGGUUAAGUUGUGUGAAUGUUGUGCCAAUAAUGAGAUAGUGGAGUGUUGUGAUGUGGUUCGGGGACAUGCGGGGGGUGCUGUGGAUGGCGUGGGUGGCCGCGGCGGUGGCAGCGGUGGCCGCGACUCCGCUGGAGUCCGAGGUGCCCGUCCCGCGAGGGGUGAAACUAACACCGUUCGUGCGGCACUGGCAGCCGGCCGCAUACGAGCGCGUGCGGCGGCGGCGCUCGGCGCCAGAGCACGCGCCCAAACUGCCCAGCACCCUGCGGCUCUCCUUCCGUGCACAUGACAGGGACUUCACGCUGCUCCUGAAGCCCGACACGAGCUCGGUGUUCGCGGAAGGCGCGCAGUUCCACUCGUCAGCCGGGCCCCUCGAUUACACGGCGCAGGUCUACACGGGCAAGCUGGAAGAUGACGAGACGUCGGAGGUGUACGGCGUGAUCACGGCGGACGGGCUGUUCGACGGCACCAUCUGGACGGCCACCGAGGAGUACUACGUGGAGCCGCUGUCGCGCUACGACGCCGCGCACCCCUCCAUGCACAGCGUGGUCUACCGCCGCUCCGACGUCGACCACCCGCACGACUCGCAGCCCGCGCCCUGCGCCUCGCACCAGCUACACCUCAAGCGUCUACACGGAAGCCAAGCCGAACUCUUCAACCUCACGCUCGACGAAUCCCUCAACAACACAGAAGACUCAACUAAAGAAAUACACACACGCAAAAAACGAUGGCUUCCAGAAGACGAGAUGCAGGACGACGAACCUAAGAAAAAUCCCGAAUUACCAUUAGACUUAGACGUCCCUUAUACUAGUAACAGCGAUUUCGAAAAAUUAAGCACGAGAAAACCGAAAAUUAAAAUCGAUAAGAGUAACCUCAUUACUAAAGUCCGGCUCGAUUCUGAGGAAACGAGACCGUCGAAACCAAAGACUCACGUCGAAGUGAUAAAGACGAAAGCCGGGGUCGUAACGGUUAGUAAGGAUAUUGUUAAGAAGGAGCCCGUAGGAUAUACAAUCUUGAGUGCAAACGGAACCGACGACGGCAGACAUGUCAACAAAAGAGCUACCGUUGACCCGAGGAAGACCACCUGUCUAGUCUACUUGCAAGCCGAUCACAUGUUCUACCAAAGAUAUGGAUCUGAAGAGGCUUGUAUAGAAGUCAUGACUCGCCAUGUACAGAAAGUCAACGCUAUUUAUAAAGUCACAGACUUCAACCAAGACGGCAAGCCAGACAAUAUCACGUUUAUGAUCAAACGGAUAAAGGUCCACACGCUAGACGCCAUGAAGGACCCCGCCUACAGGUUCCCCAACAACUACGGUGUUGAGAAAUAUUUGGAACUUUUCUCAGAGGAAGACUACGAUGCGUUUUGUUUAGCGUACAUGUUCACGUACCGAGACUUCGAGAUGGGAACUUUGGGUUUAGCGUGGACGGGUGACCUUAAAAACGCAGGAGGAGUGUGUGAAAAGAACGGGCAUUACCGGGGAAGCAUGAAGUCCUUAAACACAGGCAUAGUGACGCUGCUGAACUACGGCAAGCACGUGCCGCCGGCCGUCUCGCACGUCACACUCGCGCACGAAAUUGGACACAAUUUCGGUUCACCUCACGAUCCAGAAGUGUGUACCCCCUUCGGAGAAGACGGGAACUACAUAAUGUUCGCCCGAGCGACCAGCGGGGACCGCAAGAACAACAAUAAGUUCUCGCCCUGCUCGCUCCGGGCCAUCGACCCCGUGCUGAACAACAAGGCACGGUCGCCUAAAGGAUGCUUCACAGAACCUCAACCAGCGAUCUGUGGAAACGGCGUGGUCGAAGAGGGUGAAGAGUGCGACUGCGGCUGGGCCUCGGAGUGUACCGACGUGUGCUGCCGGCCUCAGGCGGCCAGGCCUCAUUACAAACCCUGCACGCUCACGGAGCACAGCGUCUGCAGUCCUAGCCAGGGUCCAUGCUGCACGGCCUCAUGCACACUUAAGUUCGGCGAUAAGUGUCGCUCGGACAACGGUUGUCGGGACGCAGCGCAUUGCGAUGGAAAGCGCGCCGCCUGCCCCGCGAGCAGGCACAAGGCCAACAAAACACGUUGCGACAAGGAGCUCGUCUGUUUCAUGGGGGAGUGCACCGGUUCUAUCUGCCUGGCCUACGGCCUGGAGUCCUGCCAAUGCGCGCCUCGCAAGGACGACCCGCGCUCAGCGUGCGAACUGUGCUGCCGCAAGCCCGGAGGCCCGUGCAUAUCCUCCUUCCAUUGGAACGCGGCGCCCUUCGACGUGCCUGAUAUGUAUGCGAAGCCGGGUACACCGUGCAACGAUUAUAAUGGAUACUGCGACGUGUUCCAACGCUGUCGCGAAGUAGAUCCAUCGGGUCCGCUGGCCACGCUGCGGAAACUCUUGUUAUCUGACGAGAGCAUCGCCGGCUUCAAGCGCUGGGUGCUCCGCCACUGGUACGCCGUGCUGCUCAUCUUGCUGGCUGUCAUCGCUCUGUUGGUGGCCAGCACGCGUUUCCUAGGCCGCCACGGCAAGAAGCUGAAGUCUGUGACCAUCAUCCACUCCUCCACCACAGAAACCGUCCGUUUGCCUGACGCUGCUGACCCUAACGGGGGGCUGAUCGUCCACACGGCUGUCAGAUCAAAACUUCCUCUGAAGAAGAAAGUUGCCCUUCGUACAAAAGCCUACCGCAAUAAAAAGGAUCAUAAAAAUAAGCAAGGAGAUAAGGCAUCUCCGGCACACGCCGCCAAAAAGAGGAAACCAAGUCAUCCAGCAAAACCGGACGACCUCGCCAAAGUGCCGAAGGAAAGUGCCGUAGUAGUGACAAAUGCUGACGGAAAGUCGCCGAAACACGUCCUCCUUUCGAAACACAAAGGAAAAAUAAAGAAACGAAAAUCCAAAAUCAAGAAAGAAACCAUCGACUACAGCUCCAUGCAGAAACAUCCAUCCACCCCCACUAAAGACACGGAAGCUUUAACGAAAGUUCAGAAGUGGCUUCUGAGCUCGCCACAGCCCACUGCCAUUCCUAAAUCUAAGUCUAUACCCCUAGGACUCACCGAGCGAACGCAUCGACAAGUGCAAAAGGGCACACGGAAAACGCGACCGUCCAAGAGCGCCACCAAUCUGCUGUCCGGCGAGAAAGCCCGCCUGCAGGUCGUCUUCAAACCGCCGUUCAGAUUCAGCGUAAAAAUCUGCAAGAGCGAUAAAACUAAAGUCGUCCUCGAUAAAUCUUCCAAACCCGAUCUCGACAGAAAACGCCAGGAAGCGACCCCGCACACGACUUCCGGCGCGGAACACGCCAAAUCGAGUCCUUCCCAAAAUAAACUUCUAAAACAUUCCAACUCCACUAAAAACGAAGCGGAAACCGUCGCCCCGACGUGUCCAAAACCGGAGGACAGGCUACAAAAACAGGAGAGCCACGGAUACGCAAAUCUGCUGCCCCGGAGCGCGAGCGACUGCAAGCUAGUGAAGAGCGGCCCCGAAGCGAAAAAGGCGACGCACAAAAAGAGCAACUCGGUCGGGCACCGAAAGGAGACCACCGAGAGUCGGCAGAACCUCAUCACGCAGGAGGACGACGGCGCGCACGUAUACGAGAACGUCGCGCACGAGGCGCUCGUGCCGCGCAGCUGCAGCAUGCCGCGCCGCCAGCCCGCGCUCGGCAUCAUGCGCCAGGCCAGCCAGCCGCACCUGCCGCGCGUGCAGCCCGCGCACGCGCAGGGCAGACCGCAGCGGCACAGCUCCGGCGAGCGCCACAACGGCACCGGCGAGCUCGACCACCUCUACAACACCGUCGACACGCGCCGCAGCCCCGACACCAGCGACACCAACACGGCCAGCUCCUCCGGCGGCCGCCGCCCGCGCGCCAGCCUCGCGGACCGGCGCAGCCCCGAGGCGGCGCGGCUGAAGCGGCAGAUGAGCGAGAACGAGCUCGGCCGCCCCGACCUGCGCGGCUUCCAGCUCGUCGUCGGCAAGGACAAGCUGAAGCGGCAGUCGAGCGCCAACGAGCUGUGCGGGUCGCGCGUGCAGCUGGCGAUGCCGAUGUCGGCGGGCGCGGAGCCGCGGCCGCAGUUCUGCUGGAACAAGCGCGCCAGCCUCGACGGCGAGGCGCGUCCCCGGCGCGCCUACACGUUCGGCGAGCUCAAGCACUCCGCGCCCGACGCCGCCGCCGAACCCGCACCCGGGGACCGCCCCGGGGACGAACACUUCUUGAACAUCAUUGACAAUUGAGUGAAGUGAAUAUUUUGUGACGCGGUGCGGCUAUUUCUAAAUACGUACGGACGAAUUAUCGACGUGUACCUAAAUACGUAGUCCGGUUAGGAAAUUUGUGUCCACCGGGAUGACGAGUGAUGGUAUUUAAUGUGUCGAGACUUGUAUCUGAUGAAUUCGAGUGACGUUAGCCGAGCCGCUAGCUAGGUCUAAUCGCCGGCGGGUGUAAAUAUUGUAAUUUGCUUUUAAUAUUAGAUUUAAUGUAACCUGCCACUGAAACGAAUUAUCACUCAGUCUACCCAAACACCGAAAUACUGGUUGUCUAGUUCUUAGCGAAUUUCUAUAACCGAUGGACGCGUCGAUGUCGCCAUCGUUCCGUGGUUGACGUCGUUGUAGACUAGCGAUGGUCUCGUUUCACUGGGCGAUCUCUAAAGUGAAUCUCUAUUUUUUCUACAUGCUAUGUAUUGUAAAAAUUACUCAUACUUAUGUAAAGUGUUCAUAUACGAUGAUUUGAAGAAUAUUUUAUAAUACUUUACAUACAUUUUCGUUGCGUAAUUUUACUUGCAGUAUUAAUUUAAAAAAGUUUCCGACAAAAUUAAGAACUUUAAACGAUUAUUAGUACAAUGAUAAAUUUUUUUUGCAGCUAAUCUAGCGACAAUGCAGCUAUUUUAGAUAGCCGUCAAUUAACGAGUCAAUCUAUCAUUCGACAUUAAAAUAGAUGGUUAAGAUACUCAACUCCCAUAAAGAUAUUUAUGUCUAAAACGAAUAACGUAAAUUUAUGUAGGAUUCUUUAUUGUCCAUUCGGAUACUAUGCUGUUCUUAUGAUGCCAUUUUGAAUACGAGUAGAUCAACUGUAAACAAUCAAUAACAUUUAAAAAAAAAGUUAGAAUUUUACACUCAACUCAGUCAUUUAAAAAAUUCAUUUUUUUCGCAUUAGAAAUAAUACCGACCAUGAACUAUAUGUGCAUGUGCUUACUUGCGUAACAAAGUUCAGGACAUUUAUUUCUGGGUACUUAUUGAAUCCUACACAAAAUCAACGUCCAAAUGCUAAUAAUAUACACGUAAUUAAAAGGUUUUAUUAAUAAGGAUAUUAUUUUUUUAUUAAUAUUGGAUUUAACACGACCUAACAGACAAAUAAAAAAAUGUAUUGUCAUACCUAGAUAUAAGCGAACUCGUGGCUGUUAUUUCAGUUGAUUACUUGUGUUCUGCAAUAUCUGGGAUGGAAUCUCAAUUUAAUAAUUCAACGUAUUAGUACGACAAUAUUGUAGUGUAAAUUACAUUAAAAAGUGUUGAUAAUUAUCCUAUUAUAGAUGUUAGAUACAAAAAUAUUUGUUUUUUAAUUUAGGUCCCGCCUAAAAUGUACAGACCAUUUUCUCAUAAGGAUUUUUGUCUAUGGUCUCAAGAGUAGGAUCAAAAAAGUAUGAAACGGAAAUAUUUUUUGCAAAGGGAAUUAAUAGUACAUAAAUACCACCAAAAUUACGAAUAGAAGUACACAAUUAAGUACAUUUUUCUAUCUCAGAUAUUUAUCAGAAUGUGUUCCGGUAUUUAUGCGAGUCGUGCGGUGCGGCGCAAAAGCUUUGCGGCCGGGAGCCGUCGUGUAUGAGCUUCGUCGUAGGGAGGUAAGGUAAGGGUAAAACGUAAAACUAUUGUGUAGAAAUGGAUUUCUAAGACGAUACUAAAAGUAUUGGAGAUGUUACAAAUUUGUAUUUUUUAACAUUUCUUGUGUGGAUGAUGUGGAAAUUGAUCUGUGUCUGCAUGAUCCACAUGGAUUGUUUUUAGAGUUUGUUCGACGCCUGUCGCUAUAUUUCUGUUUCAACUCGUAUCUCUAUUGAUGUUCUUCCUUAUAUAAUCGUACCUAUGUGUUAAUUGUGCAUUUUAUAAAAAAAUAAAUGUGAUUAGAUUAUAUGGAACUAUGUAAUGGUUUUCUUGUUUAUAUAUAAAUUACUAUUAUUAGUAGUAUCAGAUGUGUAUCGAAUUACAAUUUUAUGUUACUGUAUAGAAAACAAUUUAAUGUUAUGAUCAUAGAUUUAAUGGACACAUCUGACCACGAUCUCGCUGUAUUUGUUCCAAGUGCCUUAUGAACAAAUCAUUGCAUUCCUACUAUAUACAUUCCAAUCUGAAAGCAAACUAGAUUUUUUUAAUGCCUGGACAUUCUUCUCAAAUUUUAUUUAUAAUUGAUUAAUAAUGUACCUAUUUAUGAACUGGAAAUAUGGUCUGAUGCUGAUGUAAUAUUUAGCAUUAAAUAUAUUCUGUAGCUAACAGUACUUAAAUAACAUUAGUCUGUGAUAGAUUUUCAGUUUCACUUAUUUUUCUGCCGAAUAUGAUAUGAUAUUAAUGUUCUACCUACUUUUUGCUGUUGUUCUAAUAAUAAAUUAAGGAAUAUAAAUACAAAUUUGUAAUAAAUUCAUUUUCUAACGUAUUUACUAUUUCUUUCUGCAUUUUUUAAAUAUUAAAAGAA